GAAAUAUUUGCCCAGCCAUCGUUUGAUCAGUACAGAGGAGAGGAACUGGCACCGGGGGCUGACUGCAGCACGGACGAGCAGAUUGAUGAGUUCGUAAAGGAAAAAGCAGCGUCAGCCUAUCAUCCGAGUGGUACGUGCGCGAUGGGGGCAUCGGAUAGUAAUUUCGCUGUGGUAAAUCCACGGAAUAUGUCUGUAUAUGGUGUUGAGAAUUUGAAGGUUUCAUUUUAUUGA